GUAUGAAUUUCACAUACAACAAUAAUAAUGUCAACAAUAUUAAUGGAAGAAAAUGAAGAGCCUGCUAGCCCGACUGCUCGAAUGAUGCAAGUACCGGGUUUCGAUAUUUGUAUAUACGCAAUCAUGGGUUACGUGACACUCAUCGAUCUCGAUUUAUUCAAGAGUGACUUGGGGCAAACCCUCGUCAAACAUCCUCGUUUCUCCAGUUUGCUCGUUGCGAAGGAUAAGAAGGGUGGCAAAUAUUCGUGGAAACAAACAAUAGUAGACAUUGAAAAACAUGUGUUUGCUCCUGAUUUGGACCCGAACAUGGAAUCGCCUGACAAAUUUGUGGAGAAUUUCAUUUCACGUCUAUCGAGAGAAAAACUGGACCCCACAAAGCCAGUAUGGGAAAUGCACGUGCUUAAUGUGAAACCAUCGUACGCAAAUUCGACGGUUAUUUUCAAGAUUGACCAUUCGAUUGGAGACGGUGUUUCUCUCAUUUCAUUUAUACUCGCGUGCGCAAAGAAAACGUCCAACCCUGAAUCCGAACCCGCUAUGCCAUCCAAGAAACCGAAAAUUAAAAUUGAUCGUGAUAAGAUCAAUAAUAAUAUUGGAUUGUUGAUGACGAUGAAGAAGUUGUUCUCGUCUGUUUGGAUAAUAUUCCUCGUUUUUUAUUACACUUUGAUUGAUUUAGUAGUGUUUUUGGCAACAAUAUUGUUUUUCAAAGACACGAAAACCCCUAUUAAAGGAGCAAAAGAGGUCGAAAACUCUCCCAAGCGAUUUGUUCAUCGGAUUGUCGAUCUCGACGAUGUUAAGCUCGUCAAGAAUGCUAUGAAUGCGACGAUCAAUGACGUAUUACGGUGA